AUGGCUUGGUUCCGCAGAUACUUGAGGAUACCGCAAGAGCUGCGGCCUUCUGAAGUUUUCAAGCAGGACUCGUUAUCUCCUCUGAAGAUCACGCUUCAAAUUGUUCUGCUACAGCUAUUCUACUAUGCCACAGCUUAUGUGUUGUUCUAUGUCUGGGCUAAUUUGGGUGGGUACGACGUACCACUAAGCCAGUGGCUGUUUUCAUGGGAGCCUAUUGAAUUUUCCAACUCGCUUGGACUCACGUUGUCACUUCUUUGGCUGUUGGACUCGCUUAUAUGUGUGCUUUUCCUAACAGUGAUCGUGGGUCGCAGCAAGUUGGCCUGGGAUUUUGGUAUCACAAUUCAUGCUGUGAACUUGUUGAUUGUAUUGAUCAAAACAGGAAAGUGGCCGAGCCUAGCGUGGUUCGUGGUCCAGUUCCUGUCAUCUCUGAUUUUGGUAUUUCUGGGUACUUGGUCCACUCGUUGGAGGGAGCUCAGAGAUACCUUUUUUGAGGGACUCGUCGAUCCUCAAACAGCAACGGCGACGAUGUCUCAACAUGAGGUUUCCGCGGAGGACAACCUGGAACUGAAAGAUUUAGAAGCUCAAAAAUGA